GUCCCGCCUGAAAAUCUUGUACUGGGCAUUCCCCUUUAUGGCCGGACUUCCCAAAACACAACGGGGCCGGGUAGACCCUUUUCAGGGAUCGGCAAUGGAUCCUGGGAACCCGGUGUUUGGGACUACAAAGCGUUGCUACGGUCGGGUGCUGUGGAGAUAUACGACGCCAGAAUUGGUGCUUCUUUCAGCUACAAUACUCUAACAAAAGAAUUUGUGACGUAUGACACAUUGAAAAGCGUUAUUCAGAAGGUCGAAUACACUAAGGCCAAGGCGCUUGGCGGCAGCAUGUUCUGGGAAAUUUCAGCAGAUCGUACUGACGAUAAAAGCCUUACCCUUGCCAGUGCCAAGCUGGGAUCGCUUGACCGCUCGCAGAACUGGCUCAGCUACCCGCAGAGUAGAUACGAUAAUAUUCGCAAUGGCCCUAGGGGCUAG